UUUUUCCUGGGGGAAAAAAGAGACAGCACAAACUAUUUAAACAGCUUUUUAUAGGAGCCAACAUAUUACACUGCAAAUGGAAAGUGGGCCAACAGAGGGCUCCACUUGACACCAUACCCAUCCUGGUAGCCUUGGAAACUGUUGUAGCAACAAAAACAGACAGCUUUUACAAAAUAACUACUCAAACCCUCCUCUCCCCAGAUGCCCUGUAUGCUGUUCCUUAUUACAAAAACAAGAUGGAAGAGGUGAACCGACGUUCACUGAAUCUGAAUUUCACAGCAGAGUCCGCGCAACUUGAGAGAAUUUUGCUGGGGAGACACCGCCCCACUGUCAGGGAGGAGAAGGUGGAGAACUCUGCUGACUGUAACAUGAGCAACGUUAACUGGGUUGUUAGCAAAGACUUUACGAUCGAAGUGGGGAAAAGGCAAAUUGGGGAGUAUAUUAAAACCUGGGAGAUGCCGCCCUGCUGGCUUUACAGUCUGGACUUCCUUUACUCAACCGAGGAGGAGCAUCAUACAUUCUACCACUACCGGGCCCGUUUUAGUACCUCGACCCCGCGGAAGCCGAUUCAGGGGACAGCUGGCGUCUACUUCGUCGUGGACAUUUCUAAAGUCAAACCCCCAACUCUGCCCGUGGAGGUGCACUUCAUAGUAGAGUCAAACAGGCUGGUUCACACACCCGGCAUGACCAGGUUCAAGGAGAAAUGGCUGGCGGACGUUAUUGAGAGCAAGACUUUGCUCCGUAGAGCGUUUGACCUCUCAACCAACUGACAACAGACACUGCCGAACCACCCAGAAGGAGUCAUGUUCUGGAUCCUUCCUAAAACACUAACUCAAGUUACAUGCAACUUGCUAUGUGUUACAUUAAAUCCUACAGGAUGGCUUUUUACUAAUAUUAGCUAAGCUAGUUUUAUUACGCUAAAGCCAAACGUAUUCAAGACAAUGUGGCUAUUUCCUUUAGAUAAUAAGCGUAUUACCUGUUAAAAUGACUAAACCCCUCAUGAUGUUUGAUUCAAAGCUAACGUUAGCUUGCUAAGCAGACAGCUGAAAAACUGCAGCGUGCAGACUGACAAACGUUUAACAUUAGCCGCUGCUAGCCUGACGUUAGCUGUUUAUAUUAUAUUGUUUGUCGAAUUUUACGCAAGGUCACAAAAUAAGCACAGUGUCGUCUUCUUCUUACCAUGCGAAACAAAGCCUGUUAAAUAUGUUGCCGAGGUAUUUCAUUCACUGUGGUGAUUGUACGCAGAGGUUGCUGGUUAAAAAAAUAAUAAACAGGAAGAAGAGAG